AUGGCUCAUCUGCCAUGUUGUCCUACAACAUGGGAUGAUAUCCGUUGCUGGAAUCGUGCUGAGGUGGGACAGGUGGUCAGCGUCUCAUGCGCCAAUGUCUCCCAGCUGUUUGCUAAUAACCAAGGUUACAUCUACAGGAACUGCAGCGAGGAUGGCUGGUCUGAUCUCUACCCCUCCUAUGAGGACGCCUGCGAGUUCACAGAGUACGAAGAGACAGAACCAGAGACAACAUACUUCUCAAACUUCAAACAGGUGUACACCGCUGGCUACGCUACCUCCCUCAUCUCUCUUAUAUCAGCAAUUUUUGUCUUCACUGUUUUCAGGAAGUUCCACUGCACCAGGAAUUACAUCCACAUGAACCUCUUCUUCUCCUUCAUCCUGAGAGCGAGCGCUGUCUUCAUUAAAGAUGGCGUUCUUUUUUCAGAUGUAAACCUGGACCACUGCUCCAUGUCCACUGCGUCCUGUAAAUCAGCUGUGGCCUUUUUCCAGUUCAGUAUCCUUGCCAACUACUUCUGGCUUCUGGUGGAGGGCAUGUACCUGCAGACACUGCUUGCUCUCACUUUUGUCUUCCAGAAGAAAUACUUCUGGUGGUACAUACUCAUCGGCUGGGGUCUCCCAACAACGAUCAUAAUGGCGUGGAUCCUCACUCGAAACUUCUACGAUAACAAGGGGUGUUGGGAUGACACAGAUGUGGCCUUCAUCUGGUGGAUCAUAAAAGCUCCAAUAACUGCAUCACUACUGGUAAACUUCAUCAUCUUCAUUAACGUGAUCAGGAUUCUGGUCCAGAAGCUGACAUCUCCCGGUGUCGGUGGCAAUGACACCAGUCACUUCAAGAGGCUUGCCAAAUCCACUCUGCUCCUCAUCCCUCUGUUUGGGAUGCACUACAUGGUGUUUGCCUUCCUGCCAGAGAACACAGGAGCAGAGGCACGGAUCUUCAUAGAGCUCGGCCUCGGAUCCUUUCAGGGAUUCGUUGUUGCCCUGCUCUACUGUUUCCUGAAUGGCGAGGUGCAGGCAGAGCUUAAGAAGAGGUUUUGGAAGUGGCAGACUCAGAAGUACCUGCGCUACAGUAAACGGCGUCGUACGUUGUUCACUGAAAGCAGCACGAUCACACAGAUCUCCGUCCUGGACAAAUCCAGCCCCAAAGAUCAGCCGGCCUCAGAGACACACACCCUCACGCCCAACAACGUGUCCAGCGUCUGAGGCACAGUCGCUGCUGUUCAUGUAAACUGCUCGGCAUCUGGCUGACUUCCAGUGACCAAACCACAGAGCCUAAGAAUGUUCAAGGUACCUCGUAACUCCAUACGGGACGGAUGCGUUGCAGAAUCUUACAUGGGCUGCCUCAUAUACAACCAAACUUGUUGACUUAUGCCUAACUUUUUCGAUUCCCAUUAUCCCACACUCCUUUCCCCCAUAAUAUGAAUUAAUUUCAAACUAAAAGGCUUCAUAUGGGCAAGACACAGAGGUCAAAUAUUUUUAUUGAUUUGGUAUCAUAGGAAAGAUUUAGCUUUGGGGUCAUCCUACACAUCUUACUCACAACCACGAAAUUGUUACUCUGUAUUUACAAAAGUAACAGAUAUGGCUUCAAAACGUUGUCAUUGUUUAAACAUAAAUCAAUAGAAAAUCAUCUUUAUAAGUAACAAUUUACAUAAUUUGUUCUGUCACAGUAGGUUUUUGAUAAAUUGUUUUGUUUGUGUUGUUUUGGUUCAUAUUUCUGUUUGUGAGGACAGCCACAAAUGUGUUGCAGUUGUGAGGUUUGCUAAGUAAGUUCAAACUUAAGUGGGUCGGGUGAAUUAUCUACAAGGGUUACAAUAUGGCAGUUUUCACUUGGGUUGAAGCUGUUAAAAAGCAGAAUGGUUUAAUUAUCAAACACUCAACACAGUCUAAAAUAUCUGAUGUUUAUCUACCAAGUUGUUCAUUUCGCACAUGUCACAAGCGCUGAAGGGCAUGCUGUCUACAAGAAAUUCUCACCAACACAUUUAUUGAGUUUCAGUGUCAAGAUAAUUAUUGUUCUUAUUCAUUCAGUGCCAUUAUAGUCUCUUGAAUGUUGGGCAAGUAGGGCAAUUGAUCUGUUUAAUAGAAUAUGCCCGUGUUACCAUGAAGUGGCAUGCAACAUGUUGCACAGUGCACUAGUGCACAUCUGGAGCACUUGACUGUAAAAGCUAUUUAUUUGUAUGAUUAAUAUUUCUCCGCUUUGUGUGAAUGUAAAUAGACUGGAACUAAGUUUAUAGCAACGGAAUAGUCCAUCUAACAUAUUUAUAAAUCAAAUAGAAUGACCUUGUUACUGUAAAAAAAAAAAGAAAAAAAAAAUGGGGUUGAAAUGAAUAAGUUGGUGUUUAUAUGUUAUAUAUUUUUCUGAAUUAUACAUGUUUGUUAUUAUACUAUUCUUAUAUGUAAUAUUGCAAAAUGUGAAUAAGAUUAUAAUGUAUAUUUCCGUAUUAGUCAGUGUAAGUGAUGCCCAGUUGCUGAUCGCUGUGCUAAAGCUAAUGCUAAUCCAGAACCUGAGGAAUAACUUCAAGUUGAUGAACUGCAGUUGUUGUGUAUCUAUGCCUUGAAUUCAUAUAUAGUGUUUCUAAUUUGGCAAAUAGUUAGCAAGUCAGCACACUCAUUACUUAUAUUUACAGGAAAUAUUUCAUUACUCUGCUUCUGACCGCUACAGUGCCUUGAUCAUAGUAACUCAGUGUUUCAGUAGGUUUGCAUUUAAAAUCUGUGUAUCAACAUCAUAUAUUUAAGAUUGUGAUGCUUAACUAUGUCUUUACUGUGCAGCACAACAGGUGUGCUUCUGUGGCAAAAUAUAUGAUGAGAACUGUGUUUGAAUUACAAAAACAAAGCUUUCAUCGAAUGUUAAAUUGUGCAGUGGGGAAGUGAAGGGAGAUAUUAACUGAGAAUGUUCAAUGUGAUGUUUUGCAUAGAAAGCUUCUCAUGAUGUGUCUGGACUUUGCUUUUUAGAUUACAUUCCUUUACAGUGUUAUUUCUCCUUCUCAGUUGAGAAAGUGAUGUUUCUUUUACAGGUUCCGGGUUUACUACGAGAAUGCAAGUUUCUCAUGUGGUGUCUUCUUUUUUGGGUUGGGGGUGAACAUUACAGGACCAGGCUGUUGAUCAUAUAUCAUUUUGUAACUGUUAAUGUCCCAUGAAAAGCCAAAAAUUGUGAAUGUCUCGGUCCAUCUCUUAAUACUUUCUAUCAUCCCCGCCCUGUUUGUGGAACCCAGCCUUAUCCCAAUGAUUCCUAGAAUUUAAUCUUAAAAAUAACAUCUAAUUUCUAAAAAACAUGUUCGUUUUUGUCAACUGAUCCAAACACAUUAAUACCCAAUCAUAAUCAUUACCAUUUACACACAUUGUAGUUUAUUUGACACUUAUUCCCAAUACACUGUUCUGCUGCCAUAUAUAAACUGGAAAUCACCAAAUGUGGAUUCUUCCGCCCCUGAAAAUAGUCCCAAACCCAAACGAUGCACUGCUUCCUCCUGUUUGAGAGACAGUAGCUAACUCAAUCGACUGGCUGCUUAUGGGAACUACUGAGUCUUUUUCAGAAUGUAUAUUUUGAAUUUAUUUUAAAGAUUUAAAAAGGGAAGAGGAAAUGAAAAGUACUGAGGCGGACUAACACAUGUUGAUGUUAGUAGUUUCACAGGCUUUCCUCACAUAAAAAACCUAUUAUAACACCAGCCUUAUCCUUCAAACCAAAACACUUGAGUAUUUACAACACAAAACAACAUUAAGCCAACAAGUUAAAAACAUUUAUUGUCGAUACUUCCAUAAUGUACAAAAAAAACUCUUCUCUUGUGCACACCAAAACAACAUUAAAUGGUGCACUGUGCAAUGAAAUAGAUCAAAUGAAAAGAGAGCUCGUGAGCAAACGUUAGCAGGCUCGCAGCGGAGUGCUUUAGGUUACUUUUACAUUCAGCCAUUAGUACACAAAGUUCUGAGCCCCAUUUUUAUUUUUAUUUCUAACAGGCUACCGUCACAAAUAAGCAUUUCAAUAAAGAUAACCACUUUUAAAAAGCUGAAAAGGAAAAACAUUUGAAAACAGGUCAUGCUAUAAAGUAAAAAUCAGAGAGUGCAGACGUUUUUUAUGGCAAUUCACUUUUCCUCAUGUCUGCAAAGAUUACAAUCAAAGGAAAAGUAUUCCAUGGGCCCAAUUUGAUAAUUAUUCACAGUUGAAACACAAUAUGUAUGUUCGAGCUCAUUAAUUGCCUCAUCCAUUUAAAAACAAGCAAGCAGCUCUGAUUCCCUUAAUGGCCUGAAAGCGUGUUCCUCUCUUUGUUAUUACAUCUGCCGGUCAAAAAGAGAUCAAAACGAUUUUACGCGCAUGCAGCAGCCUUUUAGAGAGUACAGAGGCAUUACAGGAGGCUUUAUACAGUAGUUUAAGCAAACACCAUCACCAUUACCAAAAAACAAUGAAAUAUAGGAAAACGAUCACAGCGCAACGUUUUUAAAUGACAGUUAUUAACUUUGAACCACAGAAAACGGCAUUUACAAGGAACAACGUCAGCAGCUUGUUUCUGUCUCGCACAUUUAAACUGCAGUUUAUUUAGUCACAAAGGUUGGCUACAGACCUUUUUUCAAACACUUCAACUAACUACUUCAUAGUUCAAAAACAACAAGUUCAAAUGAAUAUUUACUCUUUUAAUAAUAGCAACAUCUUUGUCUGACAUCAACAUAGUACUGGCAAUAUAAGGCUCCAACUCCCAUAUUAACACUAAAGGAAAUCAUUUAGAAAUAUGUCAAAAGCAGUGGGUGCAUGUGCCGAAUUAGAGUGGGUCGUGAUUGUCACGCCCUUCACUUGUUAUGGUAUGUCACUCUGAAUACACACAGCAGACCAAUACAGUUUCAGGUCACACUUCUUUUUCAUGGUCUGGACUCCCAAGAAGGAAUGCAUUUUGGCAAUUUGCAGGUCAAGAGAUGAGUUGACAUUCUGAGUAAAACUGAAGAAAAAUUCAAUUGGGAAGGGAAAGAAAGGGUGUUAAGAUUUACUGCUAUGAUAAAUGAGAUGUUUACUAACAAAAAUAAUAUCAUUUGAGUAACAUAGGAUAAUAUUCUGUCAAUACUAGAGCGCCUCCUAAAUAAUGUAUGUUUCUUUUUUCACAGAUAUGGGUUUAGAGACGCUUAGCCAUCUCCCUACAUCCAUGUUUCAAGUGUUGGCCAUAAGCCAAGAAAGAGACAAAACAAAUGUUUUACAUUUAAGAUAACUGUCAAAUGGAAAAUGGGGGUAACUGGACUCAUAACCUUAAACCCAGGUUGAUCCCAGAGAAACUAAAUGCUUGAAUCAAUUUGUUCUUUUUUUCUAUGUAUAAAAAAGUAUUAUUAUUUAACAACAUUGUGUCACCUUUAGGACUCUGUACUUGACAUGUCUUUAUCUGCAAAUUACCAAAACAAUGUUUUUGUGUGACUUUAAAGAUUAUCAGUCAUAAAUAAUGUGGAGUCAAAGAUGAAACAGUAAGUAAAUGUAAAUCAAAGAUUUCAGCUCCAGUUUGUCUUUUACAAUACAAUUGCAGCUACUGUAGACCAAAUUAUUUCUGUCUUUUCAAAUAUGGACUCGUAUUUAGGGAACAUUUUGAAGAAAGCCCCUUAAACAAUACUAGGAUUUCAUAAAGAAAAGAGCUUCAGGUGUGUGACUGUUUAAUUUUCCCUUUACCGCUAAGAAGUAAAAAUGAAGGAUGUGUAGGGGAACUAAACAUAUUUCUUAGUGUGUUCAUGUAAUAUACUGUACAGUCACUGACGUAGUUAUUAGUCUGUAGCAUUACUUUAUUUAAAACACCAAUCGGUCAUAUGUUCUGCUCAUCUUUAGCAAAGACAACUUUAAGUACUUCGAAGGCCUCCAGGUUUAAAAUACUGAUUUAGUCUUAAGCAUCAUAAAAGCACUUUGUUCAACCACGUUCUAUUCUUUGCAGAUUCGUUUUGAAAUGAAAAACGACAAAUCAAAAUACUUGUUUUGUGCUUAAAGGCACUUUUGGAGACAAAAAGUAGAGUGGAACGUAGGGAUUUUGAGGAUAGUCGAGUCAGACCAAAAGAAACAUCAGCAGUGACAUUGAAUGCAAAGCUAACACAGCCUUCGCAAACAGAUACGGCCGUGCAAAAAGUCAAGUAAUUGGUCUUUGGAGUUACAGUAUUACCCCCGAUUUAAAAGCCCCCCACAAAGAGUAACGACUAUGUGCUUGUCUUCAAGCGUAAAGAGAGCAAAUGCCACAAGAGUUGCAAACUGCUGAAAGACAUAGAGAUACUGGUACGAGGGAUUUGUCUGAAGAAGCCCUCAUUAAUCAGAAUGAAAACUGAUUAUUCAUAUGGUCAUUUUUUUCAGAAACAAAUCUGGAAAUAUUCUCCAAAAAGCAGUGAAGUGCUUUCUGAUGGUCAAGUACAAUGUUGAAAUGUCCUGUAGGAGCCCUAUUGAAGAGGCUUGGCUUUACACAGUGACAAGAGAAUCUGUAUAACAGCGCAUAGCCUCCACAACAGCCCGAAAUACGUUUCUUGAAGAAAAAUAAACUUUAACACCACUGAAUUAUCACCAAGAAAGUAACACUAACCAAAUGGACAAUAAAUGCAUGUUCAUGCAAGCAGUUGAACUCAUGAUGCUUUCUUCCAUGAGUAUCAUUGACAUUUUCUGUACUAACGGCUGUUUAAAACUACAGACGCACUCCAAAAGUAUUCCUCUCAGAGGUCAAGUUUCCAGUGCUGAGAUUUAAAAGAGAAGUUUGUGGUCGUCAUCGGUAAACCUCAGCACUGUGAAGACAUCUGAAGAAUAGUUAUCAUCAUUUAACCCUGGUAUGUUUUUUUGUCUCUUUUUGGCAAUUCACAUGAAUGGAAAAAAGAUGUCCUUCUCAUAAAUACUGCUUUUCUCCAACUUGUUAGAUCCAGGUGAAAUUUCACCUUCGACAUUCCUCAGCCUGUUUGUCUUCAUCUCUUUGUUUUACAUCAGUCACAGUUUACACAGGAAACAAAGGCUUGGUACAGUAGUGGGGAAUAGUCUGAAUGUGUUCAAUAAGUGUAGGUAUGACCUGGGGUCCAUAAUGUUUGAGCUCAAUAAAUAACAUUGAUUUGA